AUGGCUUCCUCUCUUAACGAAACAGUCCCCGACGACGCGACAAAAACAACCAAGCGUGAUUAUGAGAGCAACAUCCUUGGAGCAGAUGGCGAUAAGCUCGCAAUCGAAGAUAUGAAUGGAAGGGAACGACAAAUCGAGGAACACGGAAUCCAGAAAUUCAACCGGUUAGGUUGGAAGCGACUCACCAUUGUCCUCAUUGCCGAAGCGGUCGCGCUGGGCACUCUCUCUAUUCCGUCCACUUUUGCGACCCUUGGAAUGGUCGCUGGAGUGAUCACCUGCAUUGGAGUCGGAUUUCUCGCUAUCUACACCAGUUACAUUGUUGGUCGUGUGAAGGUGUUAAAUCCCCACAUCACCAAUUUCCCCGAUGCGGCCCAUCUGAUGUUCAGCAAACUCGGCUGUGGGCGCUUCGGAUACGAGCUUGUCACUGUUAUGCUUGGUCUCUUGCUGGUGUUCCUUGGAGCAUCGCAUUGUCUCACGGGGACAAUUGCCUUCGAGACUAUCACCGAAAGCAACACAUGCUCCAUCGUAUUCGCCGUUGUUUCCGCCAUCAUUCUUUUCCUACUUGCUAUUCCACCUAGCUUUACCGAGGUCGCCAUUCUUGGCUAUGUGGACUUUGCUUCAAUUCUGAUCGCGGUUGGAAUCACGAUCAUCGGCACUGGUGUCGAAUCGACAAAUUCUUCCCACGGCCUCAGCAACGUGAAUUGGUCAGCAUGGCCAAAGCCAGGCAUCACCUUCUCCGAGGGUUUUAUUGCCUGCACAAACAUCGUAUUCGCCUAUACCAUCACACUGUGCCAAAUCUCGUUCAUGGACGAGAUGCAUACCCCCUCUGAUUAUAUGAAGUCUAUUUGGUCAUUGGGAUUCAUUGAAAUCACGGUGUACACCUUGACCGGUGCAUUGGUAUAUGCUUUCGUUGGCCAAGAUGUCAAAAGUCCGGCUCUGUUGUCUGCAGGUCACUUUCUCAGCCGCCUGGUCUUUGGAAUUGCCCUGCCGGUCAUUUUCAUCAGCGGUUCGAUCAACAUUGUUGUUUUCGGACGUAUGGUCCACGGACGGAUAUUCAAAAACUCUUACAUCCGAUUCAUCAACACACCUGUUGGUUGGAUUACGUGGCUGGUUACAAUCCUUAUCACUGUCAUCGUUGCCUUCAUCAUCGCAGAGGUCAUUCCAUUCUUCAAUGACUUGCUGUCUAUCAUGUCAGCCCUGUUUGUAUCCGGCUUCACUUUCUAUUUCCCCGCCAUGAUGUGGUUCUUGCUAUUGCGGGAGGGACCGAUCACAACGCCUAAGAACAUCGCUCUGGCGAUUUUGAAUGGCUUCAUCUUUGUGAUCGGAAUAUUGAUUCUGGUGGCUGGUACUUAUACCUCCAUCCAAGAUAUCAUUGAUCAAUAUCACGCAGGGACAGUUUCAGGCGUUUUUAGCUGCAAGGCGUCCUAA